AUGGACAAGAUGCGGUCAGAAAAAGGCAGUUCAAGUGGUAGCUCAGAUGAGAGAAAGAAUCCCCAUCAGAAUGACAUUGCAGAAGAGGAUGCUCAGUUAUCAGGAACUGAUUUUUUAGACAUGGCAUUCUUCGGGAAUAAGUUGAAGCAUCAUGAGGAUAUCAUGUCUGAGCAGAAUCCCAGCCACUCUUACGACUUCUUCGAGGAGAACUUUUUCAAAAAAAAGUCGUUGAAGUACAUAGAAGAUCAUCAAGAUGAAACGAAAAAGAGAGCUCCUAUCAAAGGUUCACGCAAGCAUGUAGAAAAAAGUAUUUGGGAGAGGAAGGAAGGCACGUUUGGACCCUCAGAGGUUGAGAAUGAUUUUGAGGUGUGUUCUAAUGAUAAAGUCAAGCUCUUUUUUUAAGC